AGGGUCCAGAGGGUGUCAUGUGCUCAGCCUUGUCCUCCCAUAACACAGACAGGGAAACAGGAGAGGGAGUCAAGAUCCAGAAAGUUAGAAUCAACCAGCGGGAAGCUUUCUCGCUCAGUGGAUUUACUAAAGUUCAAGAGGAGUGACUGUUUGUGACUCUUUUUGUCACAUGCAUUCGCAGUAGUUGGAGGGGGGGAAAACAAAUCAGACAGUGUUGACAUCCAGUAUCUGAGUGGCUGCUGAAUCCUGGACCAUGAAGCUCAGUGUGGCAUUGUUUUUUGCAGGGCUCUUCGGGGCUCUUGCAGCCGUGUUCAUCCUGCUUUCGUUUGGAACUGAUUAUUGGCUGCUGGCCUCGGAGAGCUGUCAAACAAACCCUGACGAAACUGUCAGCCCGGCUGGUGUGAUCAUAGAGGAGGCAGCCAGAGACGUCACUCUGUACCAUGAGGGGUUUUUCUGGAAGUGUUCGUUUGGAGGCAGCGAGGGAGAUGACCAUCUGAUGUGGAAGCUCUGGUUCACAAAUCAGCCCCACUCUAAAGUGUGCAUGCACGCCUACCUCUUCCCUUUCCCCGUGUCUCAUCAGACCCACAAUGCAACAGAUUAUGAUUCUGCUAUAAUCUACAGAGGUUUCUGGAGCAUCUUCAUGCUGAUCGGUGUGGCAGCUGUGGUGCUCGGCGGGUUCUUCAUCAUCUGUGCCGCUCCGUUCGCCAGCCAUCGCCUGUACAAAGCAGGAGGAGGCCUCUUCCUGGUCUCAGGCCUGUUCCUGCUGUGUGUGGUGGUGAUGUACGUCCUGUGGCUGGAGGUGUUGGACGUGUUGGAUCUCUACAUAGAACACCAGCGCUCUGCAGUGUGUCCUACCUUCCAGCUGUCCCACCACUACGGCCUCUCCUUCAUGUUCGCCCCUGUUGGCAUUUUCUUCUGCCUCCUUGCCGGCCUUCUUUUCCUCCUCAUCGGCCGAACCGUCCAGAUACACUGCCACUGAGGUUAGAGGAAGCAUUUAGAUUCAGUUUUUAUUUUCUUUCUUUUUUUUUUUUACCACUGUGGUCUUGAUUUUUCCCCAAGUAGGGCUCUGGAGAUUGUAGCUCUGAGGUUUAUAUUGGCUGAUCCUUUUUGAAUACUGUUGCAGAAUCAACCUUUUUUAGGGUCUAUUUAAAGGUAGUAGUAUAAAUGACCUAUGGUGUACAUGACUUUAGUUUGAAUCUGUGGGCAAUGAGUGUAUGUGCAAAAACUAUCAUGUGCUGAAAAGGUUAAAGUGCACAGUAUGAAGCUAAGAAUGAUGCACAAUUGUUCUGUAUAUACAAUGAUAAGAGUCCGUGUUUGGUUAAACAGCACCUUGCCAUGAUGUUCAAUUCAAAUAAAAAAUACAAAUCUGGAGGUCCAUUAAAUCAUACUAAAUAUGUCAUCUUUAAAAACUGAUCACACCUUAUAAAGAAAACAGCUAAACAGCCGAGUCGUUACUCAAACA